AUGGGUUUCACUGAUCUUACUUCUGCUACUGCAAGCUUUCUAUGCUGGUAUGAAGCAGUCAUAACAUUUGAUUUUGCCUUAUCCAAUGAGGAAUCGAUAAGCGAAGAGUUUUCUUCUCUCCCUGGUGAUAAGGAUGCUAAGGCCACUUCUUAUGGCCCUGAGGUCGCUGCUGCUCCUGCUGCCGCUGCCGAUGAGGAGGACGAUGAUGUCGACCUCUUUGGCUCUGACGACGAAGAGGUUGAUGAGGAGGCUGAGAAGCUUAAGCAACAAAGAUUGGCUGAAUACGCUGCCAAGAAGGCUGCUAAGGGACCUAAGCCCGCUGCUAAGUCCAUUGUCACCCUUGACGUCAAGCCUUGGGAUGAUGAGACCAACCUCGAUGAGCUCCUCGAAAAUGUCAAGGCCGUUGAGAUGGAGGGUCUUGUUUGGGGUGGUCACCAAUUCCUUGCCGUUGGUUUCGGUAUCAAGAAGCUCCAAAUCAACUGUGUUGUUGAGGAUGAUAAGGUUUCCCUUGACGAUCUUCAACAAGCCAUUGAAGAAGAUGAGGACCACGUGCAAUCUACUGAUAUUGCCGCCAUGCAAAAGCUCUAA